CCCCCUCCACUCCUCGCCUCCAGGAAACACAACAAAACCAGCACUCAAUAAUUCCACUUCGGCCUACUCCCACUUCUCAACAUUCCCAAACGCGACUCAAGAAUUUGACUUUGGCUAUGGCGGUGCUGCACCGCUUAUGGAGGGCCAGAGCGAGAGCCUCGACGCCGAUCUCCUCUAUAGCCGCCUCCACUAUCCGGACGCUCUCUUCUUGCUCUGUAGCAAAUUCCGGAGCUGACCUCGAAGCGCCGUCUCUGCUCGCCCAGAACCCCCUCCCGCUCCGCCACGGCCCCAAGGACAGAAACGUCCAGUGGGUGUUCCUUGGCUGCCCCGGCGUCGGAAAGGGCACCUACGCUUCCCGCCUCUCCCACCUCCUCGGUGUCCCUCACAUCGCCACCGGCGAUCUCGUCCGCGGAGAGCUCUCCUCCUCCGGUCCCCUCGCUUCCCAGCUUGCAGAGAUUGUGAACCAAGGGAAAUUGGUUUCAGAUGAGAUUAUAAUAAAUUUGUUGUCCAAGCGUCUUGAAGCUGGUGAAUCUGGCUUCAUUCUUGAUGGUUUUCCUCGAACCAUAAGGCAGGCGGAAAUUCUAGAGGGGGUUACAGACAUUGACUUGGUGGUCAACCUGAAGCUUCAGGAAGAGGCAUUGCUUGCAAAGUGCCUUGGAAGAAGGACAUGUAGUGAGUGUGGAGGAAACUACAAUAUUGCCUGUAUUGACAUAAAGGGUGAGAAUGGAAGCCCUGGAUUAUACAUGGCUCCACUUCUUCCCCCUCCACAUUGCGAAUCAAAACUCAUCACUCGAGCUGAUGAUACCGAAGAAGUUGUUAAGGAACGGCUUCGUAUAUAUCAUGAUGUGACUCAACCCCUGGAAGAGUUCUACCGCAGUCGUGGGAAGUUGUUAGAAUUUGAUCUGCCAGGAGGGAUCCCAGAAUCCUGGCCAAAGCUGCUUCAAGCUCUGAAUCUUGAUCAUAAUGACGAGCAGUCUGCAGCAGCAUGAUUAUAUAAAUAUUCUGUAGUAUAUUCACAGGGUAAGUUAGAUCAUUCUUUGCAUGUUGAAGAUAUGUGCAUGCAUAUCAAUUUCAAAACAGAACAUUUAUGUCCAGUAAGAACUGGAAGCAUAGCUAUACCUAUACAUCUACAAGGAAGCUUCCUAUUGGGCUUCUGGAGAUUUGUGCAGUUAGUAAGAUGUUGUUUGGAGAGCCAGGAGAAAUUAUGCUAUUGUUGGCAAUGUUAUUUAGUUGACAUAUACUUUUAGCUAGCGGUGAGUAUAACUCCAGACAAUAAGUGUAAUGGCGAUUUGAUUUUGGCAGAUAUUAUGCUUAUAAAAUUCCAUUUUAAGAUUU